AUGGCUAUAUCGAAAUUGUCUACUGGAGAGGCUGUCCGUUUGGCAGCGAGAGAAGGCAGUCUUGUCGGCGUCACAUCAGGCCUCGCUCCUUCCUUUCUCCAAGCAAACCUCAUCGUCCUACCUUCUCGCUAUGCUGCUGAUUUUCGCCUCCUCUGUGCUCGAAAUCCUGUCCCUUGCCCUCUCCUCGCGGAAUCGUCACAAAUUGGGUCUUACGAUAGUCUGAAGUCCUACAUUGCUGGCCUGAAAGGAGACAAAAUUGCAUCUGACAUCGACAUCCGUUAUGAUGCUCCCAGAUACAUGGUCUACCAAGACGGAGUCUUGUCAGCUUCGCACGUCGAAGACAUCUCUGCAGAAUGGACUGAGGAUCAUGUUGCUUUCUUGAUCGGAUGUUCAUACAGCUUCGAAACUGCUUUGAUUAAUGACAAGCUGUCGCCUCGCCAUUCUGUCAUGCAAAGGAAUGUUCCAAUGUACAGAACGAACAUCCCACUUUGUCCUGCUGGUGUGUUCACCGGAGCAACAUAUGUUGUAUCAAUGCGUCCAUACAAGCGAUCAGACAUUGAAAGAGUGAGAGACAUUACGCGACCAUUUGUCACUACACAUGGCGAGCCUAUCGCUUGGGGCUGGGAUGGUAUGAAAAGUUUGGGCAUUCCAGAUAUUAGUAGACCUGACUGGGGCGAUGUCCCACUGGAGAUGGAUGGACAGCCGCUGGAUUCGAGCAACGAUGAUGUUGUUCCUGUGUUCUGGGGAUGUGGUGUUACGCCUCAGGAAGCUGUCAUGAGAGCUGGGCUGAAAGGCAUCGUGUUGGGCCACGCUCCUGGGCACAUGAUUCUGCUAGAUGUAAAGGACGAGGACGUCUUUAGCAUCCAUUAG